AUGCUUGUGAGUGGAUGCUGUGCCUAUUUCGACCAGUUUGAGGACGAUGCACCUGCUGUAGGGAAUGAGGCGACUGACGAGGUGGAGACGGUGGAGGAAAGGGUCGAAGAUGCGGAGACGGUUCAAGACGGCAGAGUUGGGAGGGCCGAGGCGGUGACGGUGGCGUCGAUGCAGAGAAGUGCACGGGAGGACGACAGGUGGGGAGACGGUGCCGCGGCAGCAGAAGAAGUGGCACCAACGGUUGCGGAAAGAGAAGGGGUGGGGACGCUGGCUGGAAACUUGCAGACGGACCUGGUGGGGGGAUUGGAGGAAGGCGAGGAGGGUGUAGAAGAUCCGCAGCAACCGGGAGAGGCGGGUAUAGAAGAUCCGCUGCAACCGAGUGACACCCGUGAUGCUAUGGAGCGUGUGGGACGCGGCACGGCAUGUGCAGAUGUGGGAGUGGGAGGAGUGGAUCUCGCCUGCAAUCUUCGGCAGCGGAUUGAGAAGGACGUGGGUUUCUUGAAAAGUUGCGCAUCAAGGAUUAAGUGGAAGGCGGCCAAAGAGGCACAGAGACUGGACGUCGAUGAGCCAGAGGCGACUGAAAAGGUGCAAAAGGAGGUAGAUGAUGAUAUGCAUAAGAAGAGGGCGGUAGAAUUUCGGGAAGGCGGGGUGGCGGAGGCGGGGAUGCUUGCGAAUGCACAGGCGCUGAAGAUAGCGGAGGCGGAUGUGCUUCAAAAGGCGGAUGCAGAGGCGCGGAGAAUCAAGGCGGUGGAUAAGCAGAGGAAGAAUGAUGCAUAA